GAUAUGCGAGGUCUGCCGCUCUCGGAUUCCUUUGCCUUGUAUGGCUAAAGGCUCCAGACGCUCCCGACUGCUGGAUUUUGACCUUAUUGGCCGGAUCAGGAACAGGGAGGUGUGGAGACAAGGGCUGAAAAACUAAACAAACUUCCCUUCACCCUGACAGAGGAACACAGACAGAUUCCCAAACUGAUUCUACAUAGAUACAAGAACCAAACCCUGUCGCCAACAUGUCUGCUGCCAAACGUGCCAAAGGAAAGACCACGAAGAAGCGCCCGCAGAGGGCCACGUCCAAUGUGUUUGCCAUGUUUGACCAAUCACAGAUCCAGGAGUUUAAAGAAGCCUUUAAUAUGAUCGAUCAGAACAGAGACGGCUUCAUCGAUAAAGAGGAUCUUCAUGAUAUGCUGGCAUCUCUUGGUAAGAAUCCUUCUGAUGAGUAUCUGGAGGGCAUGAUGAGUGAAGCACCAGGACCCAUUAACUUCACCAUGUUCCUCACAAUGUUUGGAGAACGUCUGAAUGGAACGGACCCUGAGGACGUCAUACGCAACGCCUUCACGUGCUUCGAUGAAGAAGCUUCUGGUUUCAUUCAUGAAGAUCAUCUCCGUGAACUCCUGACCACCAUGGGAGAUCGUUUCACGGAUGAAGAAGUGGAUGAGCUUUUCCGUGAGGCACCAAUCGACAAGAAAGGAAACUUCAACUAUGUAGAGUUUACUCGCAUACUCAAACACGGCGCCAAAGACAAAGAUGACAUGUAAAAAACUGAAUUCAUGAUAUAUCAUGAGAUUGAUCAGUGAUUCAAGAACAUUAGUGAAAGUAAUUAUUUAUACCUUACACCAUUACCAGGUUCAGAGACACCAAAACAAUAUAUACAGAUUAUAUAUCUAUACACUGUAAAAAAGAUAUUUGUUGGUUCAACUUAAAGUUAGUUAACUCAAAAAAGUUGUGUACAAAUAUAUGUCAAAUCAACAUAUAUUUUUCGGUUAAUUUAAACUUAUAAUUUCAACUUCAUUUUAUAAGUUAUGUCAACUUUUCACAAGCCAAAACUUAAAAAAGUAGGUUGAAUCGACUUGCAAAAAUCAAGUUGUUUUAAAUUCAUGCUGCAUUUUUUUUACAGUGUAUAACAUUUAAAACUUUUUUUAGUUGAACUUUUUUACAGUGUAAUAUCACAAUAUAUAUCAUUACAGUAUAAUUAAAAAUCACUGUGUUUAAAAAAACUACUGUUUGAGAUAUUUAUCGCUUCAUAAUGUCUAUGUUUCACAUAUUACAAACUCUGUACACUACAUUCUAUAUAGUUUUACAUUGAAAGAGAGUCAAAAGUCGUAUGAAGCAUCCAAAAUAUCUAAAAUAAUACAUUUCUCUGGCCAAAAAUAUAUUUUAAAUAUAUGCUAAAUUCAUUUUGAAGAAAGUAAAGCGUAAUUCAAUAUAUUUUUGAAUUUGAAAAUGUGUUUAGUUUAUAUAACAACAUCUAUUUUAAAAUUUCAGGGGCAACAAUGCAUUUCUAAUUUUACAACCCAUACGGCAAAAAUAUAUUUUUCAUACCAAAAUAUAAAAGUUUAUAAAGUAUGUAUAAAAUAUAAAAUAUUUUUGCAGUUGAAAAUAUACUGAAUUUUUACCAUUUCAAACCUAUUUUAAAAAUUUUCUUUCAAUGGAUGUGAAUAUAAAUGCUUAAAAAUCAAUUGAUUUUUAAAAUAUAUUUUAAAAUAUUCAAAAAAUUACUAAAAAUUAUUUUCUAUAUUGUAGAGCUUUGCAUUUGCAACGCAUAAGGUCAUGGGUUCAAACCCAGGGUAAACAAAAUCUAUAGCUUGUAAUGCACAGCAAGUUGCUUUGGAUAAAAGGAUCUGCCAAAUGCAUAAAUAUAAUAUAUUGGUGGAAUUACAUAUUUGUAAACAUAUUUUAAAAUAUAUAUCAACAUUUGGCCUUUUUGUAUAUGUUUGAAUAAAGUUACAUUUAAAAAAUAAUAUAUUUUUCGCCGUAUUGGUCAAGUGACCUAAUUUCCACAGGAUUAUUUUGAUGAUAUUGAAAACAAUUUGUACAUUUCAAAAUAUGCAUUUCAAACAUUUGAACCUUUUGUUUUACAAAACGAACCUCUGAUUAUACAAGCAUCAUUUUACAAUAAAUGUUUUUUUCCAGUG